AUGUCAGAGGAAGGGAAGACAAGUGUUGAUCAGUAUGGUAGGAAAAAAUGGAAUGUUUCCCUAUAUGAAGAGGAAGCGAAAUCAAAAACUAAAAAUAAAAGACAAAAAACCCCAGUUGAUAUCCUGUCUGCCAUUGAUAGUAAUGAAUCAUCUUCAUACAUUGCCCAUAGGAAUAAACUUCUUAAUGAGCUGAUGGCAUCAGUCAAGGUGGAGAAUCUCAUUAAUCCUUUGAAUCUAGGUGUUUACGGAAAAAAUAAGAGAUUUGGGUUUUUCUGCCCUAUAUGUGACCUCUCUUUCAGAGACAAUUUAGCAUUAAUAGAUCAUUUUAAUUCGCCAGAGCAUAUUUCAAGGGCCAGAGUGAUCAAAGGUCCGCUGGGCGGCGAUGCAGAGAGCGAAGAGAUCGAAAGCGGAGUACGACGUGCAACGAUCGAAGAAGUUGUGGCUACAAUCCAGCUGCUUGUAAAGCAACAGCUUCGAGAGCAAGGAAAUACAAACGAAAAAAGCGGAUUUACUGAAAGAGUUGAGAAAAGGAGGAAGUUCGAAGAGAAACGGGCAGCAAAGAGAAGAGAGAAAAGGAAGCGAAUAAAAUAUAGCCAGGCUUCAAGGGAAGAGGUCCCUAAUGCUGCAUCAGAAAUGGAAUCUAUGAUAGGAAUUCAAGGUUUUGGAUCUACGAAGAGAUAG